CAGCGUUGUGGUGUGUGCGCUGUUCUGUGUGCGGUGUCGGUGUGCGGGUCAGAACAGCUCCGGGUCAUCAUGAGGAGGCCUGAACAGACCGGAGCAGUCUGAGCUCUCCUGUCAGCACGAAGCGAACAUGGCGCGUCUUUAAAGCACAAACUGAGCGCGAAGGAGCCUGAAGAUCAGCCGCACGCACUAGUUACCUGUGAGCCUCACUGACAGUGUAAGGAAGCCCACGAGGGUCAGUUCUUCCACAGCCUGGGCAGGAUGUUGCAGCUGUGUAAAGUCACCAACGCUCUGUUCAUCAGUAACGCCCGCUCAGCCUGCAGCGACGAGCUCAUCCAGCAGGAGGCGGUGACGCUCUGCAUCAACGUGUCCAAGCAGCAGCCGUUUCCCUCCAGCAGCAUCACCAAGCUGCAGAUACCCAUCUACGACGACCCCAACGAGGACCUGUACAGCCACUUUGACCGCUGUGCCGACGCCAUCCAGAAGGAGGCGAACCGCGGCGGACGCAGCGUCGUCUACUGUAAGAACGGACGCAGCCGCUCGGCCACGAUCUGCAUCGCCUACCUGAUGAAGCACCGCAAACUGUCCCUGACAGACGCCUUACAGACCCCGAGCUCCUCCUGCUGACUGUGAGGCAGAUUAUAAAUGUGACACUUUGUUUAUUGGA